GCGACACAAUAUUCACAAAAGCGAGUAUUUUGUCAUUUGUUAUUACGCAGGUUUUAGGAAGCCGAGUUCAUGUUCUUGAUCUUUACUUUAACCCCAGCAUGAGGAUCCUCAGUUCUGUGCUUUGGAUAUUAGGCAUUCAAGCAGUUGCGUCCAAGGAAGUGCGGUAUAUCCAAACAACGGAAGGAGAGUCUGUGAGCAUUUACAGUGAGCCAGAACCAGAGGAGAGGAAAGGACAGCUGAUUGAGUUUUACCUGGAGCACACGGCCACUCAGCCAAAGAGGCAGGUCCUCUUCCUGUCGGAGAACGGUGCAAAGGAAAGUCCAUCUUACACUGGCCGUGUCCAGACAAGUGAAAACGUCGCAUCUUUGCCAAUAAACGUGAACAUCUCCCAGUUGCGCCGCACUGACACUGGCCUGUACACAAGCAGGUUUAUUUACAAAGACUCCUUAUCCAAUCAGGACGUCCAGGGCAGCACUCAGCUCUUUCUUCAUGUUAAAGGAGCAGAAGAAGAUGGCCCUUGCCAGUGCAGUCGCUACACAUCUCUGCUGUAUGCCAUCUCUGCAGCAGUAGCUCUGCUCUCUCUUCUGCUCACUGGCUUCUGCCUGAUGCAACAUAGCAAACAGAGGCCAAGUUCAAAGCCCUCACCACCAAUGAAUGACAUUUAUGAGGUGAUGUCCAUUGGACAGCAGGGGAAUCUUGUGACCCAGAAUGGCCAACAGAUGGCUACCCAGCAGGAGGACAUGAACAUAUAUGCCACGCCUAACCUGAUGCCUGUGCAGGAGAAUCAGUAUGCAAGUCCUCAGACUUUAAGGCCCAGCCUUCAAACUCAAACGUCUGUUCUGUGACAACUCUCAGAUCAUUUGAGGACAGAUUCUAAGAGUUCUUGAUGAAUACUGGACAGGACAGUUUAAUCAAGCAGUGUAAUCGCUGAUGUGGGCAUGUUAAGAUGCAAUGCAUGUUGCAGUAUCCCUCAAUACGUUGAACUUCCGAUGAAAGGUGGUGGAAUAGAUGGCCCAUACGGCUUUCCAAUUUUAUUGCUGGUGGGAGAUUCUGUAGCCUAUGUUAAAACAAUGUGAAGCAUCACCUUUAGAAUACCAUGUUUUGUAUGACUGUGGAGACAAUGUUAUCUGAUCUUGGUGAAACUUCAGCUAAUUAAUUUGCUGUGUAUGUAGGCCUACUGUAAGUAUGGUAGGCUGCUGGUUAUGUGUAUAAGUUAAACACCUUUACUUUAACCUAUUAGCGACUGUUGUGCAGAAAACAGCAUACACACAAUACUUGUUCUAUAAUACAUUGUAUUAUAUGAUAGUUUGUAUAGCUUAUGAGUCUUGAAGAACACAACUUUUGGCCAAGAAAAAAUGCAAUUUAUUAACUGUUUGUAAUAAGCUCGAUAGUUCAAGAAAACAUUUUUUUCUGCUGCAUGUCAUCAACAAUCACAUUCUAGGAGGACAGAGAGAAAGGAAAAAAAUCCAAACGAUUCAAAGCCACUGACUCAUUCUCUGAAAAUCUCAGUACAGACAUUUUCCUUGACAUUGUAAAACAAAAAAAAGGCAAAAAUGCCACCCCAUUUUGCCCAAAACCCCACCCAUGAUUCCUGUCGGAGAAAAAGUACACCCUUAAAACUCAUCUUUUUUUCUUAAACGGGCUACAUUAAAAACCCACAGUGUUCUGCUCCAAUGAGAUGUUCAUUGGUUUAGGAAUACAUAGCAUGGCAAUGAAAGAUAAAAGUGGGGAGAAGGGGGUAUACUCGAAAGGACUUCUUUUGGGUUGGGGAGAGGAUCCAGAGGUGAAGUGCAACACCCUAAUAAGGAAAGCCCAGGUGCUCUCCCACGCCCCCAACAACUUGUGCAUAGAUCAUGAUCCUUUAAAACCAGCAUCUCAGUCCUUCCUUAUCAAACAAUUAGUCCAUGUUGAUGCAGACACCCUUCAGUGAAAGUCCUCUCCUUAGUCGUUUCAUACCCGCCAUGACAGGGAGAUUAUGGGAGAAGAGACAAACAUUAUAAUGCACAAAACUCCUGAUUUCUGACAGGAAGGGACCUCAUAUGAAAAUACAAGAGAUUGCAAACAUCCAGCAAACUUGUGUGUCUAUUUUGCCGUCCAUUUCACUAUCAAAAAUCCUUGAUCAUUUUUGUUUAAAAUGUAAAGCAUUUUUUUCAUAUAAUAGAUAUCUUAGAUAUAUAUAAAGCACUCAUCUUUUUCUUUUAGAGUUCAUUAUUUGGUAAAUAUGUACUGUAUCUGCUACGGAUUUAUCAGAGACAAUGAACUUUAUCUGCUGCUGCUUCUGAAAUUCAUAACCCUCAGUGCUUACAAUUUUUGUCAUCCUUUUUGUUUGUUCUCAAAAAAGGAACAUUAAAAUGUCAUGGAGGUGGUGCUCGAGAGCCCUAGCCAUCCUGAGAUGUUGUCCACUUUUUUUUUCUUCUUCUGAGUGUGCAAGAUGGUAGAGCAACAAUGCCUUUGUUUGACAAGGAACAAAAACAAACAUUUCCAUACACAGACAUGAACAGGCUCUGUCAGUCAGAACAAAAUAACAACAUAAAACUUUAUACAUGAAAUACAGACACAACACUGAUCAGUCCCAGAGCUUGGAAAUUAGCAAAAUAAUCUUCAUAUCAUUACAUGUUUCAUAUUUUCAUCUUAUCCAUUUCACUAUUGAAAGUUUGUUUUCAACCUGACAAUUCCAUUUGUAAAAUUCUUUUCAUCUAACUUCAGCAACAAACAAAAUGCUUGUAAACGCAUUGUGGAUGGCCUGACAAAGAGAGAAAAUGGGGGAGUGGGGCAUAACAAAUACUUGAGUGGACAACAGAAAAGAUAAAAUGGAAAGAACCAUCAGAAAAUAAAGCUAGAAAACACACUACAAAAGGUAGGCACCUCUGAAAUGAGUCCUGCAGUCACCUCCAGUUGACCUCCUGUCCUUUUCUGGCAUAGAGAGGACAAGCUCUACUUCUGUAUGUCUAUCUAUGGCCACAGUUCAAGAGUCUUUUUUUAAACAGCUUUUUAUCAUUUUAUACUUUUUUUGUGUUUUAAAAUUUUUUUCUUUUAAUAAUUGGGAGGAAAAAAAACUGGUGCAAUACUCAUUAUCUGCUGACCUUAAAAAUGUUUUCUUACAUUAUUCCACAAUAAAAGCCACUAAAAGGUAGAUAUAACAUAGUACAUAUUUAAUAAUAACAAAGAGAAAAACACACUUGUUUUUUUGUAUCUUGUGAAGACCUCGAGUAAACAUUUACACGUGAAUUGUCACCGCCUCCCCUCAGUUUGUUUGUCAUUUCGUGGUGUACAAUUAGCUGAACGAGGGUCAGCCGACACAGUCAGUGCAACGCUAGAAGCUAAUAACAACAACAUUAUACAUCAGAAUAUAGAGGAUUUUGUUUUUCAUGAGCGCAAAAAAAUGAAGAAAAACCUAAAAACUAUGAG